GUUGAUUGGAAAAUGUAUUUGCAUCGUCAUUAACGCCAUCUUUAGCGCAGUAUCGGGAACCCUUUUAAAACGCAGUCUUACUCACUGCGACAAAGUUAACUGCUUUUCGUUGUCCUGAACAUAACGUUACCCUCGGUGUAAAGAAAAGGGGAAUACAAAAAGAACCGCUAACGUUAAGUGCCAGCUUAAUGCUAAGCUAGCAUUAUCCCAAUGUACUAACGGUCGCUGCACCUGCUCGCAUCCUCUCACCCCGGUUGUCUCCGCCCUGGUGCCGGUAUGGGCGACGCUCUUCUGCCGCUGCUUGUCGUGGUACUGUCGGCGUGGUCGGGUGUCGGAGACCUCGCGGGAUCCGCUCAUGUCGACGGAGCUCCGCCUUCCAAAAUAGCGGUGGUCGGGGCGGGGAUAGGAGGCAGCGCCACAGCCCAUUUCCUGAGGCAGCACUUCGGGCCUGAGGUCCAGGUAGACGUGUUUGAGAAGGCGGAGGUCGGAGGCCGUCUUGCCACUGUAACCGUUAACCACAACGACUAUGAGUCUGGCGGUUCCAUCAUUCACUCCCUCAACCUCCACAUGCAGGAGUUUGUCAAACAGCUAGGUUUAAAGUACCGACGCAGCGUGGCCGGUAAGACAGCGGUGUUUAACGGCGUGGAGGUGAUUCUGGAGGAGACGGACUGGUACCUGCUGGACCUGUUCAGGCUGUGGUGGCGCUACGGCAUCAGCUUUAUACGCCUUCAGAUGUGGGUGGAGGAAAUUAUGGAGAAAUUCAUGAGGAUCUACAAAUACCAGGCCCACGGUUAUGCCUUCAGCUCGGUGGAGGAACUAUUGGACUCUCUUGGGGGGAGUGGCUUCAUCAACAUGACCCGGAGGCCACUCUCUGAUUCGUUGCUGGAGCUGGGCGUGUCACAGCGCUUCAUCGAUGAGGUCAUCGAGCCAGUCAUGAGGGUGAACUACGGACAGAACGUCAGCAUCCCAGCCUUUGUAGGUGCUGUGUCGUUAGCUGGUGCCCAGAACAACCUGUGGGCGGUGGAGGGAGGCAACAAGCUUGUCUGUUCUGGUCUGCUGAAAAUGGCGAACGCUAACCUGCUGCAAGCACAAGUCGUCUCCAUCUCGCCGGUGUACUCAGGUGAGAUGCCCCAGUACCAGCUGACCUUCACCACAGCAGCGGAGACGGGAUCGGAUCUGUAUGACAUCGUAGUGUUGGCGACGCCUCUCCAGGCCAGUGUAAGGUCCGGGAUCCGGUUCCACGGUUUCACUCCUCCCUUUGAGGAGCUCCCCGGCAACUAUCACAGCACUGUGGCAACCAUUGUCCAUGGUUACCUGAACACCUCUUUCUUUGGCUUCGCGGACCCUCGCCUUUUUCCCUUUGCCAGCGUGUUGACAACCGAGACACUCGAUCUGUUCUUCAACAGCGUAGCAAGUGUUUGUCCGGUCAACAUCUCGACUGGCUUCCGGCGGAAGCAGCCGCAAGAGGCUGGAGUCUAUAAAGUGUUCUCGCCGCAGCCUCUGGACAAGGCUCAGCUCAAAACGCUGUUCAGGUCGUACUACUCCGUGCAGGUGACCGAGUGGCAGGCCUACCCGUGUUACGGCAGCAGCCAGGGACUGUCGCCCGUGGAGCUCCACCCAAAUCUCUACUACCUCAAUGGCAUAGAGUUAGCCGGCAGCGCGAUGGAGAUGAGCUCGGUGGCGGCCAAGAACAUCGCCCUGUUGGCUUACCACCGCUGGAACAGACAGACAGACAUGGUGGACCAGAAAGAUCUGAUGCACAGGAUCAAGACUGAACUAUGACCUGGUCGAGUGAAAACCUCACAGCAUCACUGAGGUGAUGUCCGUAUUAAGGAGCAAAGUUUUACUGUUUGACUGAAGUCACUAGUGGCUAAGUAUCGUGUGAGUCAUCCAAGCAAUAGAUCCCAGGUUUAAUAAAACGAAUGAGAAAUUUGCUUAACCCGCCUUCACCUAAAGAAACUGAAACAUAGAGAAAAACAUGUAGGUAUCAAAGUCGAUUUGAGACUGAAACUGAUUUCAUUACACCACUAAAGAAAACUGUGGUGCUGCGCUACUUUCAAAGAACCGUUUGAUCUCACUGAUGGCUUCAUUUCCUACGCCUGAGACAUUGCAGGUACAUGACAUUUUCAGUACUGUUUGGGGAAUAAUUGCUAAUGCUAGUUAGAGGUUUCAUCCAAAGAUACACCUGCAGGAAGCUUUCCGAGGAAACCAAACAACUGUGGAAAACACGAGCUAAUAUCUAUUAGUGAAGUGAAUGAACUCACCGUCUUUAAUAAGUUUCCGUUGUUGUGAAUGACUACCAGUUUGGCUCUGUGUAAAUAGAAAACGCCCUGAAGAUUGAGAGCUGAGACUCUUCUAAAUGGCUGCUUUUGUCUACAGUGGAACAGCGAUUAGAUAUCUGUGGUUUGGACAUAUAAACCAGCCCUUUGUUAUAUAAUCCAAAACAACUGGUCCUUGUUGCCACUGUCUAUACAUUUCAAUUUCUAUUAAUUGAUUUCUGUAGGAUUUGUGUAAACUAAUAAAAUCAUUAUUCAGUGACUCAUAGCAGUGGCCCACUGGCUCCAGUUCCCCCCUUUCAUCAGACUAUUUCGGCUUUAUUGCCGUUUCCUGCUGCUUUUGUUGCAUAAUCCAGUGGAAAGAAUUUCCUUUCGGGGAACAGAGCCAACAAGCUUCCACACUGGACCAAAUGAAAGCGGAGCACAGAUCCGUGGCGCUGUUGGUGAUAACGAUGACCCUUUUCUCUCAGGCCAUGAAGCUUAAUUGAGAUGCUACAUUUAACAGGUGCUGUAAACUUAAAAAGCACAUAUGAAGAAAGGGUUGGACAGUCGCAUUCAGAGAUGGCAAGUGCCUAAGAAGACGGCGUGAUAUGAAAACCCUGAUUGUUGAUUACCUUAAUAUGACUGAGAAAUGCCCUUUUCUGCUCAUUUAGAAUUAAAAAACAGUGGAUGUGGACUGAAGUGGAUUUCUGGACUCGAAGAACUGAAUGAAACCUUUGUCACUGAAAUCCAUGUGACUGCAAAGGGCUUUAGUCAACAGAUAAUGUGAUUGUGUCAUGUGAUGAGAAAACACCAAAACCCUUUUAAUUUGAUGAAAUUGUCCAUUAGCAAUGAAGAGUUUUUUUUUCACUUCAGCAGCUUUUGUGCGAGUAAAAUAUUUGUUGCAAUACUACCUUUCAUGAUAUAUAGUAUUAUUAUUAUAAAACCAUCUUGUAGUUGACAAAACAAUCUCAUUCAAAGUUCACUUCGCAGGUUUUUGCAGAGCUUUCAACAUCAUCUCACACUCGAGCUUCACACACUAAUGAAGGUGGAAAGUAAGUAGAGCGACCAAGAGUCAAGAUUAUUAUGAUUAUUAUGUCAAACAGAUCUGUAUGACUGUUCACAUCUAAUCACUGCUGCUUUACAAGUGUAACUUCCUGCUAAAGACAGCAUGUAUCCACAUAUUUCAUUGCUCGAUAAACCAAAUAUUGCAACUGUUAAUAAUGAAGUGCUCUACUUUGACUGUUGAUAAAAUGAAAGUAUUAGAUUGCUAUGGAUGAUUGUUUUUCAAAAUGUAUUGUGGGUAUUCAGCUUUUAUUCACAAAGAUUUCUUUGAGUAACUCAGAACUAAAAAAAACUUUCUUUAAUUUCCUCCUGGAAUGGUAAUAAGGAAGAAAGUCACUAACAGGAUGUCUGACGUUGGUUACAUAUUAGGUCCAGGCAGUUAAAAGGGCGACAUGCUGCAGCUUUGUCAGCAUGACGGAAGUUUUAAUUCUGGGCUCAAAUUAUGAGAUCCAAAGUCUGCCUAAUUUACCUACCAAAUGAUUUAUUUCAAUCUUUGUUCCCUGAAAUUAAAGUAGUGGCCCUAUAUUUCCACUCACUGUCCUCUAGUCAGAUUUAUUCCCUCGAUGCAGAACGAUUGAUUUAAACGCUUUGAAAUAUUAGUUCCGUAUUUUCCAGCCGACCUCUUGUGAAUUAUUUGACAUUUAGCAGAUCGAGGAUGAUUUAGUUUACUGUUGUCCUACAAUGUAAGAAUGUACAAACUUUCAAGGACGUGGAAGGCCAGGAAACAAAGCUUAUAGUCUAUUAAAUAUAGGGUUGUGUA